AUGCGUCGACCAGUUUGGUGUCUGCUGGUGCUGUGCCUGGUGGCCUGGACGUGGGCCGAUGACUGGUCCUUGAGCUGCGCCUCCAACUGCACCUGCAAGUGGACCAAUGGCAAGAAAUCGGCCAUCUGCAGCUCCCUGCAGCUGACCAGCAUCCCGAGCACUCUGAGCACGGAGCUGCAGGUGCUCGUGCUGAACGAUAACCACAUACCGUACUUGAACCGGGAGGAGUUCUCCGCCCUGGGGCUGCUCAAUCUGCAGCGGAUUUACCUGAAGAAGUCCGAGGUGCAGUACAUACACAAGGAGUCCUUUCGCAGCUUGAAGAUCCUGGUGGAGAUCGAUCUGUCGGACAACAAGCUGGAGAUGCUCGACAAGGACACGUUCAUGGGCAACGACCGACUGAGGAUACUCUACCUGAAUGGCAAUCCGCUGAAGCGACUGGCCGCCUACCAGUUCCCCAUCCUGCCCCACCUGCGCACCCUGGACAUGCACGAUUGCCUCAUCUCGUACAUCGAUCCCAUGUCGCUGGCCAACCUCAAUCUGCUGGAGUUCCUCAACCUCAAGAACAACCUGCUGGAGAGCCUCAGCGAGUACGUCUUCCAGCACAUGGCCAACCUGAAGACGCUCUCCCUCGAGGAGAAUCCCUGGCAGUGCAACUGCAAGCUGCGCAAGUUCCGCUCCUGGUACGUGGCCAGCCGCCUCAGCUCCGUCAGUCUCGUGUGCAAGGGUCCACCAGCGCAGAAGGAUCGCACCUGGGACAGCGUGGACGAUGAGCUGUUCGGCUGCCCGCCCCGCGUCGAGAUCUUCAACAACGAGGAGGUGCAGAACAUCGACAUUGGCAGCAACACGACCUUCAGCUGCCUGGUGUACGGGGAUCCGCUGCCGGAGGUGGCCUGGGAGCUGAACGGCAAGAUACUGGACAACGACAAUGUGCUCUUCGACACGGAGAGCAUCGCCUCCGACAAGCUGUGGAGCAACCUGACCGUCUUCAAUGUGAGCAGCCUGGACGCCGGCACGUACGCCUGCACGGGCGCCAAUCCCAUCGGCAGCAUGACCCAGAACAUCAGCAUCUACCUCAGCGAGAUAGUGCAGCAUGUGCUGGUGAAGACGCCGGAGACGUUCUGGUACUUUGGCCUCAUCAUGGGCAUCUUCGGCACCGUCUUCCUGCUGAUCGCCAUCUCGUUUGUGGUGUGCCUCUGCAAGCGCACCACCCGCCAGCACCGGCACGCCAACAAGGCGGGCGUCAAGUCCAGCGUCAGCUUCAACGACCAGGAGAAGAAGCUGCUGGACUCCAGCGUCACCACCACCACCAAUGAUCGCGGCGACAGCUACGGCAUCGACAACAAUCCCAACUCGAUCAGCAUCAACAAGGCAGAGUCGGCGGGUCUGGGCUACAACCAGAUCGAGAUCCAUGCCGUGGAGAAUCACCGCUCGGGCCUGGGCCAUGGCACAAUGUUGGUGCACCAGCAGCACCAGCAACAGCAGCAGCAGCAGCAGGGGCAGGGCCAGGGCAUGGGUCAGCAUAUGCGGCAGCAGCUGAUGACCGUUAAGGAUCCCACAUGCGGCAUGAUCACCGUGCCCACGUCGAUGGCGGGCCACACCCACAGCCACACGCAUCCCGGCCAGAUCUCCGAGGAGUUUCCCCUGAACGUGGGCGUCUUUCCACCGCCGCCAGAGUUCUGCUCGAACAUUGGGCCGAAUCCCGCCUUCGGGGGCAACAUCUUCAUUCGCGUCUCCGUCACGCAGGACAUGCUCGACGGAGCGGACCUCAACAUGUAUCCGGACCUGCUGAACAUCCCCAAGCGGAUGCAGGACGUGCAGUGCAGCGAUGGAGGCGCUGGCACGGUGAGUGUGCCCGAGGGGCAGUUCGCCACCCUGCCACGGCACGCGACACGGCGUGGCAUCCUCAAGAAGGAUACCUCGCUGCAGCAGCAGCAGCAGCAUCACCAGCAGCAGCAGCAGCAACAUCAACAGCAGCAGCAAGGCGUCAACACAGGCCUCUAUCCGCACGACGAGAUCGUGACCUAUAACCUGGAUGCCAGCGGAUAUGUGGACGCACAUAGCCACCAGACGACCUACCACUGCGUGGGCGGUGGCCAGAGCAAUGGCAUGGAGCUGCCGCCGCCUCCGCCACCGCCCGCUGUGACGGCUGUGGUGCAGUGCCACCACCCAAACUCCAGUGCGACCGUCAUGCCGCCCGUCUCCGCCGCCAGUUGCGCCAGCUGCAUCAACAACGGCCCGCCACAGCCCUCAGCCUGCCAGACGCCACCCAUCGACGUGACGCCGCUGCGACCGCUCUGUGGCAAGAGCGGUGGGGGCAUCGGUGGUGGCGGCGGCGGCGGCGACAGUUCCGCGUACCCCAAGUACGACAACAUGGGGCGACGCAUUACGGCCAGCGGGGGCCUGGGCAACUCCACGCUCUCGCUGCCCGACGACGAGGAGCAAUACGAGAACGAGACGCUCUUCAACGAGAACCAGAAUCAGUCCGAGAAGCUGCAGUCCGUCGGGGGAGAGCAGUCGCAGGAUCAUCAUCAGCAGCAGCAGCAGCACCACCAGACGGAGUCCAGCCAGGGCCAGGGCCAGGACAAGGACAGAGGAGAGUUUGUGUCCCUAUAGUAUUACGGAACGCAAGUGUAAAUAAGUCCCAUAGACCCCAGUGCCCCAGAACACAGAACCCACAGCCAGUCCCACA